UGGCGCAUCUCGGGAAGAUAUGCGGAGAAAACGGAGCUUCUUCGCGCAACGACUGCGUGUUGCAGACGAAGACGUGUAUAUAUGUAUGUAUGUGUGCGUUGGUUCGGAGGUCUUGGUCAUAUAACACAACAUACACAGCAAGCAGUGGAGUUGCGCCAACAUCUCACGGUCGCAUCCACCGGUUCCAUUCACAAAUCUGCUCAACAGAUGAAUAUGGCAUUCAACGGAUUUAUAAUAAUAAUAAUACUCGUGCUAAGUGGUGUUCUCAAUAUCACAGCUGGAGUUAAUAAGAACUGCGGUCUAGCAGAUAAAAGUAUAACCAAUAUAAAUAAAAAAGAUCUGUUCGUCUCGCGAGGAUGGGGGGCGGGCGGCUCUGCUUACUUGGAAUCGCCGUACGAGCCUCUCCGGAAAGCCCUGAUUCGAAAACCGAAGACUUCAUCCGACCAGGGACGUUCCAGGAAGAUGAAAUCCUCUCAGUCUGGACGGAACAGACAGAAGAACAACAACAGCAACAACAUCUUCGGCGGUGCCAUAACUCAGUUGUUCGUCUCCACUGGCUGGGGUCCGAACGGUCGGAAAUAAACGCACACAGUCUUGUCAGAAAAAUUUACGCUCACGCUUUUACACGGAAACUUAACGCUCUGAUCUCAUGACUACCUUAGUAAAUUAUUCUAUGAAUACAUUUUUAAAGCAUUUA